UUUUAGACCAGUGAGAAACUAUAGUGACACUGAAACUGAAGGAAAGAUUUUUAAUUCUUUAGUGCAAUAUUUUGGUGAUAAUUUGGGGCGAAAAGUUAAAGCGAUGCCAUUAGUUGAAGAAACUUCUUUACUUGAAGAUUCAUCAGUGACUUUGCCUGUGGUAAUAAUAGGAAAUGGACCCUCAGGAAUAUGCCUUUCUUAUAUGUUAUCAGGCUACAGACCAUAUUUAUCAUCAGAAGCAAUACACCCAAAUACAAUCUUACAUAGUAAAUUAGAAGAAGCAAGACACCUUUCCAUUGUUGAUCAGGACUUGGAAUACUUGUCAGAAGGCCUUGAGGGCCGUUCAUCCAAUCCAGUUGCAGUGCUCUUCGACACACUUCUUCACCCAGAUGCUGACUUUGGAUAUGAUUAUCCAUCUGUUUUGCACUGGAAAUUAGAACAGCAUCAUUAUAUCCCUCACUUAGUUCUUGGUAAAGGUUCACCUGGUGGGGCUUGGCAUAAUAUGGAAGGUUCCAUGUUGACAAUCAGCUUUGGAAAUUGGAUGGAACUACCUGGACUUAAAUUUAAGGACUGGGUGUCUAGCAAACGAAGGAACCUAAAAGGGGACGGAGUUAUGCCAGAGGAAAUAGCUCGCUAUUAUAAACAUUAUGUAAAAGCUAUGAGACUUCAGAAGAAUUUCAGAGAGAAUACUUACAUAACCUCUGUAUCAAGACUUUACAGAGAGCAAGAUGAUAAUGAUAGUAGAGACAGAGAUAUUUCUGCAGAGCCCUUACAGAUAGAGAAGUCAACAUUUAUCAAGAGAAACUGGGAGAUCAGGGGUUACCAGCGAAUAGCAGAUGGUUCUCAUGUCCCUUUCUGUCUCCUUGCUGAGAAUGUAGCCCUGGCAACUGGAACACUGGACUCUCCUGCUCAUCUGGAAAUCGAAGGGGAAGAUUUUCCUUUUGUGUUUCAUUCAAUGCCUGAAUUUGGAGCUGCUAUAAGCAAAGGAAAGUUGCGUGGCAAAGUGGACCCAGUGUUAAUUGUAGGUUCUGGGCUUACUGCAGCCGAUGCAGUUCUGUGUGCCUACAACAAUAAUAUCCCUGUGAUUCAUGUAUUUCACAGACGAGUAACUGAUCCAAGCUUAAUUUUCAAGUAGCUUCCCAAAAAGCUUUACCCCGAGUAUCAUAAAGUCUAUCAUAUGAUGUGUACUCAGUCAUAUUCUGCAGACUCAAAUCUUUUAUCUGAUUAUACCAGUUUUCCUGAGCACCAUGUGCUUUCCUUUAAGUCGGACAUGAAGUGCAUUCUUCAAAGUAUCUCUGGAUUGAAGACAAUAUUUAAGCUCUCAGCAGCAGUCGUAUUGAUAGGUUCUCAUCCUAAUCUCUCUUUUCUGAAGGAACAAGGGUGUUACUUAGGCCAUAACGCAAGCCAGCCAAUCACAUGUAAGGGUAACCCUGUGGAAAUAGAGGCAUAUACCUAUGAGUGUGUUAAGGGAGCCAAUCUUUUUGCCUUGGGUCCCUUGGUUGGAGAUAAUUUUGUUAGAUUUUUAAAGGGAGGGGCAUUGGGUGUCACACGCUGUUUAGCUGUAAGACAGAAGAAAGAGCAGCAUUUAUUUGUGGAAAGAGGAGGAGGAGAUGGGAUAGCAUAAAGCAAGUUUAAAAGUCACUGAAAUGAAGUACCAUUAAAGAUUUUUAAUAGUGGUUUUGCAGUGUACUGGCUUGAAUUUUCUGGACCUGAAUUAUCUGGAGGAGAGCCUCAAGCUAAUAGUAACUUGAGUUUUUAAAGUUACAAGAAAUUGGUGUCCUGAUUUAUCUUGUAAUGUAUCAAAGGUGUCAGACAACAGAAACACUGCCAACUUGAGAUACUUUAAACUUUCUCUUACCUGAAACAUACUUCCAAGAUUUAUUAUUAUUUUUAUGGUCAUUAUGGUGAUAUUUGACUCCAAAAUACAGCCUUGAGUCUGUAAAACCACACAAGUCAUUAGGCCAGAAAUUAUUCUCAACAUAUGUUGGAUCACUUUCCUGCCCAAAGAGUGGUCCAAGAACCAACUGCAUCAGUGUCAUCUAUAGCUUGUUAAAACUGUAGACUCUGAGGGGCCGGCAGGUGGAAUGGUGGUUAAGGGUGCUGGACACCCAUAUGGCCAACCAUGGUUUGAGUCCUGGACCUGGCGGCUUGCUUUCUUGGUUUCCAUCUCUCUUUCUUACCCUGUCCCUCUCUAGUCAAAUAAAAUUAAAUAAUUCUUUUAAAAAAUGUGGACUCUGAGGCCCCACCACAUGCUUAACUGAAUCAAAACUGCAUUUUAACAAGAUCCCCAAGGGAUAUGUGUGCUCAUUAAAGUUUGGGACAUACUAGGCUGGAUGAAAAUGGGAUAUGAGGUAUUUGUACUGGGGAGGGGGGUAGGGUAGGGGGCAUAUACUGCUCAGGUUUUAUUUAUUUUGAAAUGAUCAAUUGUAUAAAUCUAAUUUAUUACCUAAUAUGAUGGUCUUUUUAAAAAAUAUUUUUACUGUUGAAACAUUGACAGGUACAUCAUAUUCCUAACUUCUAAUAAUUUAAACAGUCUAAUAAUGUUGGUGUACACUUUGACAUCCCAGAACCCAAUAUAUUUUUCAGAAAUUUAUUUCCAACUACCAUAACAAUCUCACUUGCAAUUCAAUAAAAUAUGGCUGGAACUACU